AUGACGAAGAAUUCUUCGAUCUGGAAUGCUGAUUUGUCCGGCGGAUCCAACGGAGAUCACAACGUUUCGAUGGAGUUCAAUAACGCCCCUUCAGCAGCUCUAUCGACGUUUUCACAAAUUCUAAAAAUUGGGACAAGUACAAUGGAUUCAACGGAUUUUCCGGGGGAUGUCGAUGGACUUCGGCAGGAAAUUUCUGUGAACUUGAUUGAUUUUUGCGAUCUCUUUUUUUCUUCUUUUUUUUUCGAUGCGCGGGAUUUUCUCCGGUUUUCGUGGUUUCUUGUCGUACUUGACCUCCCGCGCCCUGAUGACCUAGCGGCCGGUGGCUCAAGAUCUGUGGUUGGAUUACGAGCUAGUUAA